AUGCGCAGCUUUAUGAAGGGGUUGAUCUCGGGGAAGAUAAUAGGAGAUGGUGAGGUCACGCUAAUUUCGAAGGAGUGCAGUGCAGUGCAGUGCUUCAGAACAAGCCGAUCAAGAAGUUGGGUGAUCAAGGAAAAUUUGUUCUCUCGUGUCAACCUCAUGACUUACUCCAUGGCAAAGCGACUUGGAUUCACAGACUUUAAACCUACUAGAAUGUCCCUGGUGUUCGCGGACAGGUCAGUCAAGUCACCGGUGGGUAUUCUGGAAGAUCUCCAUGUCCGAGUAGGCAACACCUAUGUUCCGACAGAUUUUUUGGUUCUAGAGGUUGACGAAGAACCAAUAGAUCCCCUCAUCCUGGGUCGUCCUUUCUUGUGCACAGCUGGUGCAAUUAUUGAUGUUCGACAAGGAAGGAUUGAUCUUCACCUGGGAGACAUUGCAAUGAAGUUCAAAAUGAACAAAUUGCUGAAGAAACCGAUGCUAGACACGCAGACCUACACAGUUGAGGAUGAAGAUCAAGCACUAUUCCCUCAAGAGGGAAUGAUUGAGGAAAUCUUGACCGAUGAUCGACUCGAAUUAGCCCUAAUCCGAUCUGAGACCGAGCACAACGUCAUGAGCGUGGACGCUGAAAGCGUUGGGCGUAUAUUUAGGAUGCACAGCGCUUCUCACCAGAUCAUCCCUGAUUUGAGAAAGAUGAAUUCUGAUUUACCCUCUCUUCCGGCCUCGCUCGUAGGUGGUCGCGUAAGGCCUCGUCGCUUAUUUGCUUACCCCUUUUCCUCACCUGCUACUUCUCACGGAGAGGUCCCCGAGGCUGAUAAUGAGGUGAUCCUGAUGGCACCCUUGAAGCAACGUUGCUCUUAUGUUCUUGAUGACGGCCCAUGCUCUGAGAUCCAGGAGGAGGAUCUGAUGGCUAUCCGGAGGAAAUAUGCGAUUCAUUCUUCGGUAUAG